CCACAAAACUCCACAAACUCUCUCUCUCAAACUAGGGUUUAGAAAACCUACACAGUAUCACUAGUCAGUCUCUCUCUCUCUCUAAAAUAGUGAUAUAGACACAUACAUGUAUUGUUGAAAAUUAGGGUUUUCAACAGUUCCAGUGAUUGCAAUCUCAAUUUCAAUAUAUCUCUAUACGUGUAUGUUUUUUCAAUGCCUGGAAAUCCAUCCAUACCAUCGUCCACUGCAAACCCUAAACAGAUUGAAGCCUUUUGCUUUCUCAACGAAGGGACUGGCAAUUUCGGCACCACCGCUUCGCCGACACAACUUCUUAUUUCGUUCUUCGAAGAACGCAUGACCCUAAUUUGACUCUGAGCUCUGCAAUUUUUCAUCUUCCGAAUGGCGCCGAGUCGCAGGAAGGGUGGCGGCAGAGCAUCGGCGGCGGCGGCGGCCGCUGCUCGCAAACAGUGGAAAGUCGGCGAUCUUGUUCUCGCCAAGGUCAAGGGCUUCCCGGCCUGGCCUGCAACGGUAAGUGAACCAGAGAAGUGGGGCUAUUCGGCUGAUUGGAAGAAAGUACUUGUAUACUUCUUUGGAACCCAGCAAAUAGCCUUCUGCAACCCUGUUGAUGUUGAAGAAUUUACAGAAGAGAAAAAAGAAUCUCUUCUAGCUAAACGCCAUGGGAAAGGUGCUGAUUUCGGCCGUGCGGUACAUGAGAUUAUUGAAUGCUACGAAAAGUUGAAGAAACAGGACCAAGUUGUUGAGAUUAACUCAGUUGAUGAAGUUACUGUGACAAAUGCAGCCAACUCAGUGGAUGAUUUUGCAGCAAAUGAUCAGAUUGAGGCUCCUUCGGCGAUCCUUGAUUCAUGUGUAAAGACGCCUUAUUCUACUGGGGAUAAGAAUGAGUCAAGCCUUCCAGUUGGAGGUGCUGCAGAUGCAACGCAGGCAGAUGAUGUUUUGCGUGAUAGGGAGACAUCAUCUGAGGAGCCUAUUGAUAGUUUGGUAGUUACAAAAAAACAUUUGGCAAAUACAUUCUCGUUAAAAAAAAGACUUGGAGGUGUACAAACACAAAGUUCUGUCUCACAGAAAAGGGGGCCAUCUGUUCGUAGGUCUAGAAGUUCAUUAAGGGUUGACGCCAGUAGAUUCCAAAAGAUGUUUCCAUCUAGUAAUGGCAGUACAGCUGCUGGGGAUGUAGCUGCUAAUGUUUUGCAGGAUGGGUCGGUGAGAAGGAGCAAACGAAUCAGGAAAUCACCUGAUGUCUCUGAAGGGCAUGACACAGGUUCAUCUGCUUUUCUUUCAAAUGGUAGCAUUGAGGAAAAUGGUUCUGAAAUUGCCACGGUUGAUUCGGACACUUUCAGUCUAACUGAAGGCAGCACUGUAGACUCUUGUUGUAAACUUCUGCAGCCUGAGUCCAUUAAUGAUUGCUACGAGGGAGAAGUUGAGUUGAGCCAAAUGCCUGAUUUCCGAAAAAUGCCUGUCUUCACUAAGAAGAAAAGGAAACCUAAUAGAAAACGGGUGACUACUGAUGUUCCUGAGACUACUGGUAAACUAAAUAAUGAGGCAGGUUCAGAGAUUGAAGUGCAUAGAACCGGACAAAUUUCACCAAACUCUCAUGAAAAGUUGAAUGAAAAGUAUUCCAAAGAAGGUGGUGAUGAGCAUCUUCCAUUAGUGAAACGAGCCAGGGUUCGGAUGGGCAGACCAUCUUCUAUGGUGGAGGAGUGCAAUACGAGCAUACAAUCAGACGAGAAAUUAUUAGAAGUGUCAAAUAGCUUCUCUAAUCAGGUUUCCACAUCCUCAAAUUGCAAAGAAGAUGGUCCUCCUGAUAAACACUCAUUUGUGGUGAAGGAAGCUACAGAAAAUUCAUCACUACAAAACAAAUGCCCUCCUCAAUCUUCAGUUGAUAAGCCUCAGAUCUGGGAAGUCAAGAAAAAUAAACCAUUUGGUUGUGCAGUGGAUGGUGAAGCUGCUUUACCUCCAUCUAAACGCCUUCAUCGUGCCCUGGAAGCUAUGUCAGCUAAUGCUGCUGAAGAUGGUCAAACUGAAGCACCGUCAGUCAUGAAGACGUUAAUUAGUGGAGGAUGUUUUUCCCCCGUGAGAGACUCCCAUCACAUGUCUAUGGAAAGUAGAGCAGGGAAUGAAUUUGGGGUGCAGAACGCAGAUGUUCUUGGCCAGAAUGUUUCUCAGGAUGGUAUCUCCAGUUUCUCUACCAGUUUGGGUCCUGCAGCACCAAAGGAAAGUGCAAAAUCUUCUGUAGAAGUUGCAAUUUGUAAUGGAUCAGUCAGAAGUUCCAGUAGCCCGGAACGUGAGUUAUGCAAAGAUAUACAUAUGGAGGCUUUGGACCAUUCUGAUUUCAGAGGUAUUGGUGUUUCAUCUUCAGCUACUCAAACUAAUGAAGUUAGGGUUGUGGCCCAAAGUCCAAAACCGUUAUCACCUGAUCCUGGAAAAGAACAGGCCUGUCUCAGAUGCAAUCAAGGUUCACUGGCUCAGAUGUUGCCUUUGAAGGAUGAAUGCAAUAGUGAGAAUCGUGACUUAAGCAACCAUAAAGCUGGAAAACCUCUGAAUGAACUUGAUCCAUCAGAACAUUCUGGGAUGAGUUCAAAUCCUGUCUCAGGGGCUGUUGAUGGUAAAGUUUCACCACAAAAUGAUACUAAUUUACUUCCAUGCAGCACAGAGGGUAAUUGUUCUGGAGCUACCAAGUUGUGGAAACUUCCACUACAUGUGAACAACCAAGCUAAUGGAAUGUCUGAGGCUGUGAAAGAAAUUAAACCAACACAGAGGGAUUCUAGUAUUCAAAUUCCCACAUCAGUAAAGCUUACGGCGGCUGCUGCUACUGAGGGUCCACCAAAAUUACCUCGUUCCACUUCCAUAUCUGAUGAUCAUUUGGGUGAUAAGGGUAUCUCAGGUAUCCAGUCAUCUUCAUCUCCAACAGAUGGAUUAGACUCUCCUGCACGCACGUCGCCCCCUAAUGCUUCAAUUUGCAACAUUUCUACAUCAGAUAAUGAUAAAAUUCUUGAAAAUAAUGGCUGUUGUAGCCCUGAUGUUAAUUUGGUCCAAGCAAAAUCCAAAAAUGUGGGCAAAUGGAGCAAUAAAGCAGAACCAACAGCUGCUCUGGCAUCUUUUCAGGCUGUUCUUGGAACAUUGACAAGGACAAAGGAGAGCAUUGGUCGAGCAACGCGCAUUGCCAUUGAUUGUGCAAAGUUUGGUAUUGCUGCUAAGGUGGUGGAAAUUCUUGCCCGUAAUUUGGAAAGUGAAUCAAGUUUACGCAGAAGGGUUGACUUGUUUUUCCUCGUGGAUUCUAUUACUCAGUGCUCUCGUGGCUUGAAAGGUGAUGUUGGUGAUAUAUAUCCUUCAGCAAUCCAAGCAGUGCUGCCACGUUUAUUGUUGGCUGCUGUUCCUCCUGGAAAUAAUUCACAAGAAAAUCGUAGGCAGUGCUUGAAGGUUUUGAAGCUCUGGUUGGAAAGAAGGAUCCUUCCGGAUUCCAUUAUUCGUCAUCAUAUUCGAGAGCUCGAAUCUGUCACUGGUUCAUCUUCUUCUGGUGCUUUUGCUCGGCGCCCCAUGAGAACAGAAAGGGCUUUUGAUGAUCCUAUUAGGGAAAUGGAGGGUAUGCUUGUCGAUGAAUAUGGAAGCAAUUCAAGUUUUCAGCUUCCCGGUUUUUGUAUGGGGCCUAUGCUCAAGCAUGAAGAUGAAGGAAGCGAUUCUGAUGGUGGGAGUUUUGAGGCUGUUACUCCUGAACAUAAUUCUGAAACCCCUAAAAAACAGGAAAUAAUCCCAGUAACUGCAACAACUGGAAAACAUAGACAUAUCUUGGAAGAUGUUGAUGGUGAGCUUGAAAUGGAGGAUGUAUCUCCCACUUGUGAAGUUAAUGUGAAUUCCACCUGUAAUGGUGGCAUCGAUACCGCACAGACUAUGCAUCCUCGGUUUGAAAGACAUUUCCCACUUUCCUUUGCCCCACCCUUACCUCAGGACGUGCCACCAUCAUCUCCUCCUCUGCCAACAUCUCCACCACCAUUACCACAAACCGUUCCGCCUCCACCACCUCCUCCUCCUCCUCCGCCUCCGCCUCCACCUCCACCGCCACGUCUUAUGCCUGAUCCUAUUUCGAAUGAUCUUGAUUCGAAGCUCUACGUGGGUACACAUAAUAUCAAAGAAAAUUUGCACCAGCCUAUUAUUCAGCAGCCUGUUGCACCAAGAAUAAACUCAGUAACCUCAGAUGCAGUGUGUUAUCAGGCUCCUGAAUCCCGAGAUGUUAAGAUACAAACGCAGACACCAGAUUCUGCUUCUUUCAACAGUGUUCCUGUGUCCCAUCCACUAAUUCGACCUGUGAAUAGUGCUCAACAGACAGAUGGUGCCACCUUCCACAAUAGGGCCUAUCAUUUGCGUCCUCCUCAACCUGCAUCAUCAAAUCAGUUCUCUUAUGUUCAGGCUGAUCAACGAGUGCAGUCACUGAGGGAGGUGCCUCCCCCUUCGUACCCUAACAGGCCCCAUUUUGUGCAGAGCACGGAUGGUGGAAAUUAUUAUAAUACUGACCACGAUAGAAUGAAGAUGGUCCCACACGAGUUUAGGGAGAGCUGGCAGUUUUCUGGGCCCCCAUUUUCUGAUACAUACUAUCCUCCUGAUCAUGUGAGAGGGUCAUAUCCACCUGCUCCAUAUGCUGGCCCACUGUGUGAACCACCAUUACCAAACCAUGGGUGGGGUUACCCUCCCCGGGCCAUGAACCAUAGAGAACUUGCGCCUCAUAGACCGCCAUCUGAAGGUCCAAUCCCAGUGCCCAUCAGAGGGAGGUGGGUUGAGUUUGAUAGUAAGGAGGGGAUUGAGAAUGGGAUGCUUGUUUUGAGAGAUAUGGAGGAGAUUAACAAUCCUUUGAUGGGUGCUUCUGAAUCAGUCCCUCAAAAAUCCAUUCAUGAUUUCUCAGUCAAGGAUAGCAAGGGUAAGGAGGUGGAUCUCAGCACAUACAAAGGGAAGGUUCUUCUUGUUGUCAACGUUGCCUCCAAAUGUGGGUUAGCAGAUUCAAACUAUACCCAACUGACUGAAGUUUACAACAAAUACAAAGAAAAAGGAUUUGAGAUCUUGGCCUUUCCAUGCAAUCAGUUCCUGCAUCAGGAGCCCGGUACAAGCGCUGAGGCACAAGAUUUCGCAUGUACAAGAUACAAGGCAGAAUACCCAAUUUUCCAAAAGAUACGCGUUAAUGGGCCAGAUACAGCACCUGUCUACAAAUUCCUCAAAGCAAGUAAAGGUGGAUUUCUUGGGUCCAGGAUCAAAUGGAACUUCACCAAGUUUUUAGUUGAUAAGGAAGGCGUAGCUAUCUGUCGUUAUGGCCCAACAACUGCUCCAUUAGCUAUUGAGGCAGACAUUCAGAAAGCAUUGGGAGACGUUUGAUGGACUUAAAAAUUAGCUUUGUUGAAAACUGAAUUGAUUCAGCAGAUGACAUAAAUAAAACUGAAGCAAAGAAAGUCUUGUUUUUGUUUAAUUAUCUGAAGUGUGUUCCCUAUUUUGAGUAUUGAAUUUGUUGAUAGUAGUGAUGUUACUAGUUUCAAAUCUUUCUGCACUUCGUUUGAUUACUGUAGAAAAUCUACUUUUGGAUCCAAGCUAUGAGUUGUAUGUAACUUUGAAGUUGUUUAGUGUGUAGUGUAAGUUGUUUUUGCUUAAUUGAAAAGGGUUGCUUGUGGCUUUCCUUGGUUCACUGAA